GAAAUUGCACACUCACAUCAAGUGGAUAUAAAGAGGGCCGGGGGCAAAAGGAAAUCAGUAGCGAGUCAGCAACGUCCAGCUUCACAUUAACUUCCUGAUCAACCGACCUAGUAGUAAUCAUGUCGUCGACCAAUGAAACCAACCAACUGCUGCAGCGCCUGAACAGCUUGAAAAUCGUGGAAACCCCAAAGGAGCAGAGGGAGUUGGGGAAACGCGAGUGCUACUCCCUGGACAGCAAGAAGUAUUCCCUGGUACCAGCCACCCCGAGCAGCGGAGGACUCGGAAAGUUCCAAACUGAACUCAAAAAACGUCGCAAAAACAAAGUGAAUCGCAUGUGCACUUACGAGGCUGACAAGCAAUUCAUCAAGGCACGCAAAUCAUUGAAUUUCUAGUCAUAAUACGAAC